AUUAUAACAGUGUAAAGUGUGGAAAUCUAGCGGAAAGAAAAAAUUCGUGAUCCCAAAAAUCUUAGCGAAUGGAAGAAGAGAGAAGAGAGGUUUGUUUGAACGGUGAAGAAGAAGAAGUUGUUAUUAAAGAUGAAGACAAAGUCGCUUUGCAAUUUAUGGAUUCACUUCAUAACUAUCUAUCCCUUUCCGAUUCUCUCUCGUCCACACUUCGACAGGGGUGGCUGGAGUUAGCAAGUGCUAGAUAUUCUAUGGGUACUUCGCGCGUUAAUAGUUCUUUAUUGGACCUCAAAUUCCAUUCAGCUGCUACAAUAUUGAAGAUAACCGAAAAUGAAGAUGGUACACAACCACACUUUACGUUGCAGAAAUGGGUAUCCUCUGAACACGAACUUGAAAGUACUAAAUUAGAAUACAAGAAUGAGCAGCCACAGGAUAGUAAUAGUAUCAAAUCAUCUGAGAACUUAAUGGGACUUGCAGAUAAUGAUGAAGUUCAAAAGGAGCGACACAAGUCCUUGUCAGUUUUUGGAGUUUUGAUUUCCCCAAAGCUUCGUGCGACCCAACUGUCAUUUGAGAAAGCACUAGAAACACUCAUUGAAAUAGCAAAUUUGCGAUCAUCAUUGUUACACUCUUUUAGCCAACUUAAUCAAGAGGUGGAAGAUACCAAAGAAUGAAGAAGUAGCAAUUCCUUCAGGCUGCCAGAUCAGCAUCACAAAUGGAGAUCAAAUGCGACCGAGCAUUGCAAGAUUUUGGUGUUCAAUUUAUUUAUCAGAAGACCAAAUGAAAAGUUUCUCGGUGUUUAUUUCAUUUUGUACUGUUGAAGUUUUUAUGAGGAACAUACAUUUGCUAUGAACAGUUUUUUUGCAGCAAAUAAUAUCAAGUUGAAACAAGUUGGAGAUACUUUUUCUUUACGAGUA